UUGCGUCGCGCGCCGGCUCGUCUGGCCCUUCGCUUAGCGGACGGACACCCAACGCCACCCCGCGUACAUCACUCAUUCUCGUUCAUCGUUGAAACGCAAACAACCACUGACGACGAUCGGGCGCAUCGUCGCGCGCCGAUUUCACCGGCGCGGUGCGUUCGCUCGCUCGGCGCGGGUGAAUGCAUUGUGAAUGCACCACGAGCGCGUUUCGUGAUCCAUCUGGUCGAUUUUGCACUGGUUCUUUCACGGGGGUCUCGCCCCCGACUUAUGACGACAACGACGACGACGACGACGACCAGGGGAAGGAAACGACACGGUUGGUGGAGUCGCGCGUCGCAUGUGAACGCCAGUGGGAACCUUCGUCAUGCUGAGGGGUAAGAGCAUGUCACCGUGAUGUUACAUCGAAGCGCUUCGUCGCGGCGCCGGCGAGCGUCGCCAAGCAUGGCAAAUUCGAGCCUGCCGGCAGGGGCGUCUUCGACGAUGAGAGGUAGACGAGCGAGUGUCGCCACCGAGAAGCCUGUCGUACUGCCACCAAGCAGUCCCGGCGGAACGAUGGAGAGGCAACGGUCGCCGAGGGGUAGCGUGGUGCCGAAUAUCGCUCUCGACACCGAAAGCGACUCACCCGACGAGGGUAUAUGUCGCCGAAUCCUACCGGAUCUCGAGCAGUACGGCGUCUGUCGCAAUUCCCUCGCGCCCGAGGUGAGUCGUAGUCCGCGAAACUCGCUGAUACCGGACGACUAUUGCAGAAGCCCGCGGGGCUCGUUGGUGCCGGAUUCUAGCAGGAGCCCGCGCAACAGUCUGGUACCGGAUGUGACGAGAACGUCGCGGAGCAGCUUGAUACCGGAGGUCUCAUUGAGUCCUCGUCACUCUCUGGUGCCGGACUCGGCGCUUAGCCCGAGGAACUCUUUGGUGCCCGACGUGGCCUACAACCGGAGUCCGCGGAACAGCAUGGUGGCUAUUGGGGCCUCCAGGACUUCCCUUAUGCCAGAGAACGGUAGCGCCGCCUUGGGUGCCACUCGCAGCCCAAGGCACUCGCUAAUACCGGAUUCCACGAGGAGUCCACGUGGUAGCAUGGCAAACUUGGACUUUGACCGGAGCCCGCGCGGCUCGAUCUGUCCGGACGUACACAGAACACCCAGAGGCAGCAUCACACCCAUGGAGGUCGCAGACAGAAGUCCACGCGGUUCGAUAGCCUCCGAGUGCCUGAACCAGAGUCCCCGCGGCUCAAUCGCGCCCGACCCCAAUCGAUCACCCAGGGGCUCGAUAGUGCCGGACUCUAAUCGUUCCCCUCGCGGAUCGAUAUGUCCGGAGGGCAACAGGAGUCCCCGAGGUUCGAUCGUACCGCACGAGCAGACGAAUCGAUCGCCGCGCGGCAGCGUCGGCAUGAAUGACGUCGAGCGGCACUCGCGAGGUUCCCUUGGAGCUGUCAAUGAUGAUGAAAACAGGAGUCCUAGGGGUAGCAUUGGACCAGACGGAAUCGAUAGGAGUCCCAGAGGUAGUCUCGGAGGCAUGCAAGACCGAAGAAUGCCGAGGAGUUUGAAUCCUAGAAGAGCUUCCGCGGAUCAGGGGUGCACGAGAAACCGAAGUUCCUCGCCUUAUCGCCAAAGAGAAGUGAGCUCGGGAAGUGUCAGAUCAGGCGGAAGCGCCGGCGCCCAGAUCAACCUGGGAUACGGGACGAAUGCCUGGGCCGACUCCAGGCGAGCCAGCAGCUCCGUUUCGCAGCUUUCAGGCGACGAGUCACGUCGGCUUUGCGCCGGCGGCGCCAAAGUACUCGAAAAGAGCGACGCGGAAGCUGCGAACCUCGGCGUAGCGACCUACGGUUCGGUCGUGUUUCAGCUGAAAGACGCCCAUCUCGAGGCAAACGGUAUCUGCGACUUUGUCUUUCGCGCACUCAAGGUUAUCAGCAAGACGAUGACGUUCACCAUAUGUCUCAGCUGUCUGUCCACUGUGCCUAUCUUGAUGUUCAUCUUUGGUGUGCAGUUCAUCAAGGAUUGUCCGGUAGAGCCAUACAUUCCCGUGUACAUGCUGAUCGGUGGAGUUGUAGGCGCCGUGCGUAUGUUUUGGGCGCUCUAUUCGCAGAUACGCUCUCGGAGGCCGGAGGUCUUGUCCGUACCUUCUGCCAGACCACAUGUCUCACCCAUGAAAUUACUCUCCAUAGCUUUAUCGUGCUUCCUGGUCGGGUGGUUCGUGUUAGGACAUUAUUGGAUACUGCACAUAAAAUGGCCGGAAUACGAGUUUUCGUUGUACGCGCCCAAUAAUUGGUGUCACAAGACGCUCUACAUUUUUUCUUUAGUUCAUUUGUGCGUGGUGUAUGCGGUUUUGUUAGUGAUACUGUUGGUCGCGAUCGGCCUGGCUUUCUGCAGAAUUCUGGAAUGUCCCUUACCAGAAAGAUAUAGAAAGCGACAGUUCCGAUCAAGACUAGUUUUCCUAAAAAUUUUCAAGAUAGGGGAAUAAUUCGCGACGUCGCGCGAUUUUCUUUGGAAAAUGCGAGCGCGAGUCACAUAAUGAAAAUAACGCGCGAUGUUGACGUAGUUCCCGUAGAAAUUGACGACGCAAACUAUUUUACGACGGCGAACCCGACGAUGAAAAAUAUUUCGCUCCGGCGCGUCACCGCGUUUCAAUCUGCGUAUAUCAAAACACUCACUCGAUACGUUUGGAGAGCUGAGUAGCACACGCGCAUAUCACGUAACGUGCGGCUCGUAUAAACGCACACCUAUCAUAUUUCUAUCGUCGGCGAAAUGUGAACGCCCACUCGAAGCCCCGUGCUGCGUGCUCAACAUGAUAACGAGAUGAUUAAAAUAUUUGCGGCGAUUGUACAAGGGAUACACGUGGCGAGCCUUUGUAAAAAUUCCUGUACCGUAUCGCGACUUGGCCGUUUACACCCUGCGCCCAAGACACACAGAGAAGCAUCCAAAAUAAGAAAAAAAGUAAAGUAAAGAAAAAAAGACGAAGCGUUUUCGAACCCAUGUUCGUGUAAACUUUCUCUUUUAUUUUUGAUAUCGCUAUACGCUCCCUGAGUGCACCCUUUAAAGCUGGAGAAUGUCUUCCGUAAGGGAGACCUGCCGGAAUCGUGUUUGUCUAGCCAUUACUAACGAAAAAAUUGUAAUUCUCCGACCGGUGCAAUUCCGACGACACUCUUCUAUCGAUCUACGUGUAAUAAACAUCGAAAUUCUGAAAGAGGAAAAAAAUAACCACAGUAAGAUAGAGACAUUUUGUAUAAAUCGACGAAUCUUUCUCUCCGCGGUCGAUAAGAGCACACUCACGCUCCAAAGUGCGCCCGUUCUGCUCGACUUUCAGAUACAAAUAACCAUGGCGAUCUGUUCGCCAGAAUAAAAUCCGCGAGAGGAAGAAGAAGAAGCAGAAGUUGGCGGUCAGCGAUAGGGGUGGUGGCUGGCGUCUAGACAGAUGCAAGGUCCUGGAAGACCUGCAGGAGGAGGAGGAUGACGAUGACUACUACGAGCGGAGCGGCGAUGUCGAGUCGGGCGAGGACAACAGCAGUAACAAGAUUGUCCAGGAGGUGAAGUUCAGCAGCAAAGUGCAGUUUCGCGCGCCGGAUAUCAUCGAGUUGUGAUGAACAAGCGACCACGACGGAGGAGGAGUUCUGCCGUCGAAAGGGCGACGGAAGGACGCGACCGGCGGGAUGUUGUCGGCGGGAGCAAUUCGUAAUCUGGAAAAGUUUGCUGCGAUAACGAGAACACUAGCCGCGGGGGCGGGAUCUGCGACGAAGAGGGGAAGUAGCGAGAUUGUAGCGGAAGAAUGGAUAAUGAGGUCGCGAGAGAAAAACGCCGCGGGAGACCAAUGACGACAUAUAUAUCUUUUUCAUGAGUAAUCGAGGUCGAGACCUCGACACGUGCGAGAAGGGAUGCUUGUCUUCCGUGGAGGAGGGGGGGAGAGGGGUGAUGGAAAUCCGGAAAAGUUCUCGAAACUCGCGAGACUCGGCGAGCGGAUCGGCAUUUUAGCCGCCCAUAAACGGAUAACGCAGAGACAAUGGAAUUCGCGGGAGCGUGUAGUCGUGUCUCGAUUGAUUUAUUCCCGGAGUAAUUCACGGAGCACGGAGCUUUUAGCAGUGAGGUUGAAGAGACAUUAAGCACGCGACGAGAAUUUCGAGCAAACAUUGAUGCUACUAAAAUAUAAAUUAUAAACGUUCAUAUCAAUUUAUCAUCGUUAUCGUCUCGAUUCCGAGAGACUGAGGAGGAGAGUGUGUAACUUCGACACGAGGGAAGUUGGUACCAUUUUGCGAUGAAAAAUGAGCAACUAGAACGAGGAAUAAAGAGGUAGGAGAUCGACGGAUUCUCGUGGCCGGAUUUAACGUAAGAAUUCUGCCUGGCGACGAGGGAAAACAAAAUAAGAGUUCUUUUGGUGGAAGAAAAUUCGCCAAAGAUUGUCCGUAAGAAUAAUACUGGAUAGAGUGCGUUCUCGCCUGAAACAGAGAAUAUUUCCCGAGGAAUUUCGUGCCGGAGCGUCGUUUCGUGUGUUACGCCGUUCGAUACGAGUCGCGUGUACUGCUGGCUGUGUGCGGCACGGCGGAGAAAUCGAUAUGAAGACCUCCACGAAGCACUUACAUCAGAGCGAGGAUUUCCGAUAGCGAAUCUUCGAUUCGGCGCUAAUAAGGGGGAGGGCUUUUCCCCCUCCCCCUCUCUCUAUCUCUCUUACGCACAAAUUAAACGUGGAAAUUGGAUUUUAAGUCACGCGAUAGAACCUAAUCAAAUUAGCAUCGCCGAGAACGAUGUAUUCUUCUCCUCCUGGAAAUGUUCGCCGAGGAACUCCACGUCACAUCGACAUCGAUUUCGCGCGAUUAAUUGCCGGACUCGUAGUCAUCGAUCUUCCAAUUCCUUUAAUUCGUUCAACAACGGAGAAGUCCUCCGCAUUUCCUCCACCUUCAACAUCGAGCUUCCAGCAAGAUUAUAACUAAAAAAAGGAAAAAUAAGAAAAAAGAAAGAAAAAUAUAUGACUUUGGGAAAUUGAUGUGUAUUCUUGAACAGAUUAAUCCCGCGCAGAGCCCCUCGACAGUCGGGGCUCGAAGUCCAAGUUCCAUCACUUCCCACACAGAUUCGCCCCCGUGGGAAAUGCGUCGUGUAACAAGCUCGAGCCGUAAAGGCCGGUAAAGUCGGGGAAAAUUCGCGGAAGCACUGGCGACUACCACGGUGUAAUUUUACCACGGUGUAAUGUCUACCACAAAGUUACGGCUCACCCCAGCGCAAAGAAAUCGACAAUGAGUUCGCGGAAUUCCGAGUCGCUUACUUCGAGCGUGGAGGAGCGAAGAAUCGCACGGAUGGUAAAAACACGGGGAAAGAACGGGAUACAAUCGACUUAUCGCGCGGCAACGAUGACAACGACGGCGACAACGACAACAACGACGACUGGGAAGACGACGACGAAAACGACAACGAUGACAUGUUUCUGCGGGCCGAUCCGACGCGCAAAACCGUUUCAUCGAAUCAAGUCUGGCGAAGUAGUUUACAGUGACGGCGUUUCUCUCCGUUGGCUCAGUGGCGGAAGUGAUAUCGGGAUUUUUGUUCCGAUUACUCGAUACUCUCACUCCUGCACGAAGCUGAUACUUGUCGGCGCGCGAGAAAUCGCGAGAGAUAUGGAAUUUAACGCCCGCUCGCGAGAAUACAGCUGCAAAUCGUCCGAGUUUCCGAUCGGUUCUCGUUACCUCUCGAUAGUGUCGAGCGAUGGUUGAAGGUAAGUGGAACUGAUUAAGGGUGCUUCAGUACAGGGCGGGACGUAUAGAGUGGAGGGGACGUGGUUAGUUAACAUUUCCGUUAGUGAAUUAGAACUUUUACUGCCGGAUCGCGCGUGUUUCGCCCGAUUCCCGGUAAAAUUACGGGGACUACAAUUUUCCAAAGUGAACUCCAUUCUCUCCUCUCGCAAAGAUCUCGAUAAUUCAAACGAUAGAGGAGUCGCGUCUUCGCUUUCGCGCGCGAACACGUAUAAAUUUGUAACGUGACUGUUCCUCCCCUUUGUUCGUCCCACCCACUAUCGAAUUCAAGUCGUUUCGCAGCCUUCACUUAAGAUCAAGGCGAAGUGAUAUAUUGGAAUGAGAGAAGGGUCGCGUCGACUCCCAAAAGGAACCAAACGCACGUGGUAUCGUGAAUUAUUCACCACUCUCUAAAGCGAAUCAGUAAAAAUAUAUCCGAUUGAAUCAGUCAAAGGAGUAUUUCACCGACAAUCACUGAAUAUUCAAUAUUUUCCUUGAUUUUUAAUGGAAACACUUUAGUUUGUCACUCAGCAGAUUUCACUGCAAAAUCCGUAGUAGGCAAAUUCGUAAUACUCCAUACGAAAUCCAACUCUCUGCUUUCACGAUGAUAGAAUUAACGGCUUUCACGUAAUUUGCGGGCGACAGCGCUAUACGCGUUUGCAAGCUGCAUCAGUCAUGGCUACAGUUUCUACUAUUAGCUGAUCCUUUCAGCGAAAUUUUACUGACUGCAGUGUUAUAUACUUAUAACUGAAUCAUCACUUACAAACAUAGCAUUUCGGUGAAGAAUACACUGAUCGUACUUUAGAGAGUAGGUGUGUAUUUUCAAUCGGCAACGCGGUCGAACGCGUUUGAAACUUUCUAAUCGUUGCAAGGCUUGUCGAAAUGUGCAAAAAUACCUGAUUAUAAGUAAAUAUAUUUGUCCUCCGUACACGCAUACAAACACACACAUUCAAACACAGAUGCACACAGAUGGAUUUUGUUUUUACAAAUAACUUUCACAAACAUUUCCGCGAAUCACUUUAUCAACGUUACAUUCGGAUCGUUUCCGCCCUGCUUUUUUUGAGUUUUAUGGAGUAGAACAAUUUGAACAGUUUACUCGUGCGCAAUUCGCGGGAGAAUAGCGCAAUUAGCGGGGAAGUUAACGAACCAAUCAACGAUAUGUUCGAUGUUCUAACUGCAGUUUUACUUCGACUCGAUGCUCCAAAAUGUUCUUUCUCGACAUUCGAUAAUCAAAGGUCGUUUUUGAGAAAAAAAUUCUUCCCGUUCGUAUUGAAAAGAACAAUAACGUAUCGCGUGAAAGACAGCGCGCGCGAGCGAGAAUUCGGGGACGAUUUCUGUUGCCGAGCGGGACAAGAUGAAUCGAUCGCGCUGACUUCGUAAGAGCGACCGACGAGUGAGACUGGAGGGUGAAUCGAGUCGGAUUUAAGAGCCUUUGUCUUGAAUAAGAUGUAGUGAUAAGGCGACCAGAAGGGUUAGCUGCUUAAAUUGAGCGAAAGUAGGUCGGCGAAUAGAGGCUCCCGAGUAAAAAUCCGAUUCACCCCUCUCGUGCGUCCUUUAGCGCGUUUAUGCUUUUCCUACGUCGAAUAUUCCGAUGUCGCGGAAAUUGUCAGUCAGCUCGAAUCGAUCUCGAAUACAUGCACACUAUUCACAUACACAUACACACACGUUCAUACACUCUAAUCGUCACCUUAAUAAGUUUAAUGCACGGGAUUGAAGAAAAAAGAAAAGAUAAAACGUAAAUUCCGAUGUUCAAAAUUGCUGCUUCUAAAAUUAUGGAAGUUUAUUUCGCUACGUAAAACGGUGCUCAAAAUCGAUACAGUUUCGAACACACGAAGUAAACAUCUCUAAAUUUGGACAUUUUAUAAUUAGGCCGAUAUUAGUGCCACGUUUUGUCGAUGCACCGUGUGAUGUGCGUUAUUCACGCUGUCUCGAGCAUCCCGCGUCGAAGACACAGGAAUCAGGCGUUGAUCCUUUUGCGAUUACGACGCGACCGAUCGCGCCUCGACGCCUCGUCAAAAGAAUAGGAAGAAAAAAUAGACGGAGGGAGGAAGGGAACAAUGUGUCAAUUAAAUCAACACAUCAGCAAGCUUCGUUCAAAGCCAUGUAGGACGCGAACUUCGCGAGAGAGUAGAUAUCUCGCGUAUAUCACAAAAAACGCCGGGCACAGUGACUGUAGAUACGUCAGGACCAAACUCUAUAAAACAAACAAAAAGAAACAGACAAUUCCGUCGCUAAGACGCGACACUUUCUCGUCACGAAGAUGCGCAAGUUUGCUGAAAAGAUUCAACGUCGUGGAGAUAGAAACGACGUUCCCCAGCGCGUUUUCGCGAACUCGCACGUUUAUUUCGUAAAAUAUCAUGAAUUCACGCGAGAUUUAAUUGACCGUUUGCGAGUGAUAUAUAUCAUUAUUUUUAUAUCAUUAUUUUUUUACGCGGAGGCAGGGCAAGAACUCGGUUCACAAACGUUAACGUCAACGUUCAUUUCAUGCGCCAAUAUUCGUUCUUUGUGUAUCUAUAACCACUGUACCGGUUCACACGAGUAAACGCGCAGCGACAGCUUUCUAAACCGCGGUAAUAGAAGCAACGAGCAUUUUUACUCGUAUGACGUACCGUGCGCGUGUAAAAAAAAAAGAUAUAUGUAUAUAUAAAUGUACACAUAUACUCUCGUACGAUAAUAGCAGUGACCUCUAAUUAAAAAUGAGAAAAAAGAGAUCUGACCAAAAGCAGCGAAUUAUCAUGGGAAUUCAAGCAUUUUACUGGCCGUUAAUUUUGCUUCAAGUAUAUGUACAUAUAUAUCUAUAUAUCGUCCUUGUGUUUUGCACCUGCGACUGGUUCGAAAACGGGUCCAUAUUUUAUCGUCUAUAUACGAGUAAUAAAUACGAUGAUUGUGUCAGUAAUUAAGGCUGUAGCUCUCUCUUUAUCUCGUGUCAGCGUGUGUGCGUGAAUGUUAAAAUAAAUCUCCGCUAGGAACGCGCCUUCCACGCGAUAUUUCCAUUCUGUCAUUUAUUCAUUUACCAUUAUCUCAACGAGCGAAAAUUCCGUUCGAUUUCCAAUCGUGCGAACACUCGAGUGAACGAACACACGGCUUUUUAUUGUCUUUCAGUUCCUCGUGCGGACAUUUUGUGUAUAUAUAUGUAUUUAUGUGUAAAAUAAAGCGUGUGAGAUUGGUUAAGUGAGUUUCGGAAGUAUGAAAUAAUAACUUGAUGAUACUACGCGCUGUGUGCAGCAAAAAUUAAUGUGGAUGGCAUUAACUAAUGUCGAAUGCAUGGUUCGUUUAAUUUGAAAUGUCACGUGUGUACGAUGCGUGAACGAGAUAUCGAAUUUCUUCUUGAGAAGUCGCGCAACUUUCGUUGCUGGCAAUAUUACAAAAUUUUGACAAUAAUGCAUGAUAUAUAUUUCUCUUUCCCUUUUUCUUUUUCAUUUCUCCACUACGUUAGGCAGCGACGAAAAAGUUUGGAUGGAGCCACGAUAGAUGGAAAUUGAAUUAGAGGUUCCUUCCUCUCGUAAAAUUAUGGUUUUUAUCAUACAUGGUUGGUUUCGCGAAAACGACGACUAUGUGUCAUUUUCAAGCACGACAGCUGCGAUGAUAAAUCACGCUAUGGCCAGAAAACACGUGCUCACACAUACGAGAUCGCAUAUAUCGGGGGGUGACUCUGAACAAAUUCGCAUCGAGCGACCUAAUUUCCGAACACAUGAUCACAUUGAGUUGAAUUUCAACCGGGUUGUGCGCGACAGACUGACGAUUGUUGUUGCUGCUGCAACAAUAACAACACACUGUUCCUGUGUUAGCAGAAUAAUACAAACGAUUAUCACCUGCGUUUCUCUUCCCUUCUGCGCGCAUUUAAGGGACAUUUAUUACUUCAACCUGUCCCAUUUAAUGGCAAGCACCUCGGCGUGCUGUUCGCAAUAUUACCGAAGUAUAUCAUGACAUUAUGUUUGACGUAAACAAAAGCUCAGCGUCGGCUAGCUCUGUUUAAUGUUAAAUGUGCGGUGGCGAGGGCGCUCGUCUUAGCCCCGUGAAAUUGCAGGCUCGCUACAGCCUUUACACACCCGCGGCCGAACAGCGCAUCGAUUUUCCUCGGUGAAAAUUCGACGGUCGUUCCGGGUUUUGUGGGAUUUAUGUCGACGUUGAAAGCCGCGCGCGAGACGGAAAUCGUGGCCGGGAAGUGGCAAGAGGGAGACACGAUGUGAAUCGAUGUAGAACGCCAGGAUCUAACUAGUAAAUCAAACCGCCGUAUCUCGUAUUUCAUUCCCGUGUUCCGAAUUGAUCCGCGAAGAUACGGGAAUUUCAAUCGUAAACAGCUUGCUUGCUUCCUUCUCCUUUCGAUAUUCGAUCUAAUAGAUAAUUAUCCUUAUGUUGCGCAUAAGAUACAUUUAAAUCAUACGAACCAUGCGUCGACUGCAGAUCGAGAAUAAGAAGUUUCAAAGAAUGUGACCAAAAUAUUUCGCCUCUUUUUCAUAAAUUUUGAAUAUCCCAAUUAAUGAUACACCGAUUUUAGCUUAUGUCGACCCAAAUAGAAAAGUAACCAUCCGGUUUGAAUUGGAAGCUGUUAGCUCAAUAAUAUUGAAUUGAAUUUUCUGGCUCGUUACUAAUUCAUUAUUGUUUGAUUAUUCACAGAAAUGUAGAAUCGACUUUGUGGUCUAACCGUUGUCUGACUAUUACAUUUCAAGUAUGAUAAAGUAGAUGGCGUUGUCUGUUCUAAAACACACAAACUAGCUAAUAUAUCACUACUAGCAUUUUAAAGUUAAGUAGCAAAUAAAAAGUGAGGUUGUUAAUUUUGGUUUAUCAUCUCAUAACUGUAAUUUUGUUCGUUUAAUCAUCAGCUAAACUUAUUUAUCUAGCCACUAAGAGGAGUGAGCGUUACAUUACUGGUUAGCAUAUUAGACACAAAUUUGCUAUCUUGUGGGUAGACACUGACGAAGUUCAAUUUCUACUACGGGAGUAGAUUAACAAUAUGAAGUUUCGAUAUUAUCCUCGUAGUCGUUUGGGAGAUAAACGGCCCAAAGGGCUGCAAUCUCAACGGACAGCUGUAUUAGCGCGUGACGUGAACUUUGCGCGUUAUAUCACAGAAUAAUACGAAAAUAAUAUUGACAUUUUACAUUCUUCAUCAUCUACAUACACCUACUCGUCCCGAGCUUCAAGUCGACUUAUCAUUUAUGGGAAUAUUCAAAGUUUUACAAAAUCCCGUGGAAGAAGGGCGCACUCUUUAUUGACGCGUCGCUACAGUUAUAACUCCGCAACAAAGGCAAAAGAAAUCUUUUCGAUAAAAUGCGUUAUUGUUUACCUCGAAAAUGUCAUGCAUAUAAACGUUCUCAGUUAACCAACGUACAAAGGCCAACGAAAAAAAUGCGCAAGUCUGUAAAUUAGAAGAAGAAAUUACAACGAGCCGUUGAUAGCGUUGACCCGUCCGCGAUUUAUUCUUAAUAGCUCGACGGGUUGUCCGUAAUAAGGAUUGCCCGUAAGGAUAAUCGAUCGUGCGCACAGCACAUCUUGUACAUAAUGUGUGUCGUGUGUGAAACAACAUGUUAACUAUCUAGGUCAUCCUCAACACCAUCCAUGUUCGGGCGUCAUCGAUGUGUGUGAAUGCGUGCGUGCGUGCGUGCGUGGGUGCGCGAGGCAAUCCGCGAAUGAUAAUAUCGAUAACGACAGUGCUAGCGCGGUAGAUAUCGUUCUUGGAAAUUUGUCUCUUGUACGCAUAUUUUGUCCUUAAACGGUACAAAAGCCGUGUCUCUCACGCGCUUUCUCCUCUCGCGCGAAAUCUCCUCUAAAAUAUCAACGUAGGAUAAUGUUGCCUGGAUAUUAUUGUAACACAAAGGAGGAAAGAAGAGAAAAGAAAUAUGAUCACCAUUCUAGAGUUAACAGAUCCUUCGCGUGCACGCGAACGUUACUUGCGGUUACGAAGGGGUCACGAAUGCUCAUUCCCGUUAAUGUAAUUCGCGGUGCUCGGGGGAUUAAUCGAUCGAACGCGUAGUGAAAGACUCAGCGAGCUGACUUUCCGUUCACAUUCCGUUGGUACUACGCGCCGGCAGUGUUGCGCGUUUCCUGUCGCGUUCUCUCUCGACUAGCGCGGUAUGAACCUACUGCAACGCCUAAGCUGCUAAUUAUAAAAAUAGCGUACACACAUUAAUGUAGCGCGUAUCGAAACGUAGGGCGACGCAUCUUGUUGUGACAAUCGCGCGAGAACGCGGCCCAACUUUGUAUGCGAGAACGCAGUGGGACUUUGUGAUAAAUCGUACAUAUAUAUAUUAUAUAUAUAUCGAGUGAGCAACUUGGAACACCAUCGAGAUAAGUGAGAAAUCUCGAUUCCGAGACCGUAAAAUAUCUAUCUCUCUCUCUCUCUCUCUCUCUCUCUCUCCUCGACUUAGCCCCGCCUAGAUAUAUAAGCACAACAUCGUCGAUCAGCAAGACUUAUGUUACUAGAUGUACUGUUGGGAUGUCGUUGAAUUUCUCCUAGGAUAGGGAGUAGAGUUUAUUUAUUUUUAUACUGGACGUGCGCGUCGACCGAGCGUCCGCUGUGUGUGUUUAAUUGGGUGCGCGGGACGUCCGUUAUUUAAACAGCAGAGGAAAGAAAAGACAAACGAGCGCGAAUGUUUUUCGAUUGAUUCGGAAUCUAUGCGCACGCACGACACACAUCAUCGUUUCUCUCGUUGAUUUUCCGCGGGUAAUUGCGACCCGUUUCCACGUCGAGAUUAGCGUUAGAAGCGCGAGGGUGCGCGCGCGCGUGUGUCGUUUGAUCGUUCAGUAUCUAAAGGAUAGUCUUCAGUCUGCAAUGCGGUCGUAGUUACGUUUUAAAGUCGUAGCGCUGGCUUGUAAAUCGAUCAUGUGUCUGUUUCUUUCGCGGAAAUUCGUGAAAAGAGCGCGGCCAUAAACCACUUGGCCUCUUUUUCACCAAUUUGAAUAUUCUAAUUAAUGCUAUAUCGAUUUGAAGCUUGAAACGAGUAGAUUAAGUAUGUAAACUCUCGGCAUUAUUCUUGCACUCAUUUGGGAGAUAUAAACGAUCCAAGAGAUUGAGAUCUCGACAGACGUUUGAGUUCAGCUCCCAAAUGACUGCGAGAAUAAUAUCAAGACUUUGCAUUCUACCCGUCUCAAAUCGAUGUAUCAUUUACUGGAGUAUUCAAAGUUUUACAAAAUCCCGUGGAAAACUCGGCCGCAUAUCUUCAUUGACGAGUUCAAGAAAACUUUUCAUUUUUCACGAGUUUACGCGAAAGGAAGGUAUCCGAUCGAUUCGCAGACCAGUGCUGUAACUUGAAAACGUAGCUGCGACCACAUUGUAGACGAUUCCUAACACCCGAGCGCGAAACGAAGCGAUAAGCGCGCAGCUCGCGCGCGAUUGCUCGGCAGAAUGGUAAAUAUUAAGCGACAUUAACGACAACAGUAAUGCAAACAGUCGAACGUGCUACGAUACGAUAUCAAUGGUACUUUAUAUAAUGCCGAGUAAUCCGCGCGCCAAUGGGCCGAUGUCGGCAUUCGAUUCGAGGCAUUCGCGCUGAAUUACUCGCCGCGGCCACCGACCUGUCAAGGGGUGGACUUUUGCGGGACACGCUGCGCUAUGUGUUUAGCGAUACGUACGUGUUUUUAGCUGUUAGGAUUAUUUGCACGCGCCAAGUCGCGAAUUGUGGUCCAGGCUUUAACGUAGAAUUUACAGCAGCGUCACGCGGACCGACCCCGUGCGCCGUUACGUGCACGACGGGUCCGUCCCGUGCGCGUCGAUCGUACUUUUCUACAUCAUUUUCGUCCUUGCGUCGGAUGACAUUAUGGUUGGUCGCUUCGGUCCAAUUCCGGUAGUCACAUCUAGCGUCACAUCAUCUCCGGCCUUUUGCGCGCGUCCGCGUGAUCCGCGGGGACGACAGUGGCGUAAGUCUCAGGAGCGCGUAAAUCGCGAAAAUAUACAGUGGACGUGAGUCGCGGAGUUUACAGAGGUGUUGUGCGAAAUCGACGUGUUGCAAUUGUGUCGCGAGAAGUAUAUAUACAUAUAUAUAUAUUCAAAGGCCGAUAUUUAUUAACGAUAUAUUUGUUGAUGAAACGCAGCGAUGUAAUAGAGAUCCUGCGAAAUUCGCCGUUUACGUUUGAGAGAAAUAUAUAUAUGUAUAUAUAUAUAUAUAUAUAUAUAUAUGUAUGUAUGUAUAUAUAUAUAUAUAUAUAUAUAUAUAUAUAUAUAUGUAUGUAUGUAUAUAUAUAUAUAUAUAUAUAUAUAUAUCGUUUCUCACAUAAUUCUAGAGAAAGAAAAGCUGUUAAAUAUAUAUGUUGUAUUGAGCGUCUGUUAAAUUUAUGCCAAAAGUGUUUAAGAUCGUGUUAGAUGUGAAUUUUACUUCCGAUUACGCGGCUGAGUUUCAGUCGCGACGGGGCCCCAAAGAACGAUGCAUCGGUGCAAUGGAGUGUGCGUGAUGACCCGGCGAAUGUGUGUACACGAACGUCGAACGCCGAAAGCUUUUGUGGGAGUUUGACUGCUAUUGACACUACGUACGCACGGAUUCGUAUAUUAACUCCGUUACGCCACUGUGGAGAUUGGCGCAUGUUUCAGCGGAAAUCAAUAUAUUCGUUCAUGCUCAUCACGUGUGCCGUGUCGCGAAUCAACGCCCAUCGAAAAAUUCGCGAGCGCCGCGAAAUAAAAGCCACGUCGAAACUUAUAAUCCGUCGUCGCGUGCAUCGAGACAUGCGAGGGCGAUAGGGGAGAAGGUGGGAAUAUGAAGCAGGGUAGUACUACGAAACACAAGGCUGAUUUCUUAAGAACAAUUGCCGCGGUAUGUCGGUAACUGAAACAAACAUAACCAUUAGGAUCUUUAUCGGUCGCCAAAGGGGGUCUCGCGUCAGUUGUUACGUUAUUUCGCUUCUCGCUACGUUGUUUUUAACGUUAGGAGAGACCGCUUUGAUUUCUCUCCGUUAAAACUUUUCACACGAUAAGACUCAACAAUUUUUCUGUCUUAAUCGAUAAAUCUAACUAUAGUAUGUAAAUUAGAGUAAUAAGACUAAACUUGAAGAUCGCGGAGUUUUUUCCGAAAAUAUUUUUCCUACUUUGGGAUUUGUUGGGUCGUUUGAAGAAAAAGCGGUGUGAUUUGAUGUGGAACAAGAUGCUCCAUAUUACCACGUCUUAUGUAGUAGAUGUGAUGUUUUUAUUAGCGACUUCUGUUAGAUUUAAAGGACUUUUAUAUAAUUUGACUUAUUGAGUUGAAUUUUCUUAAUUUUCGUAGGAUAUUUUUUAAUCUUAUUUUCAACUUAUAAUUUUUACAUUCAGAGGAAUUCAAUAAAAAAAAGUUAU